GGAGGCAGAACGCAGAACGCAGAAGAAGAAGAAUGGGGAUUGAGAAGGGAAAGCGAAAGCGAAAGGGAAAGGGAAAUGAUGAAGAUGAUGUUAGAAAGAAAAGGAAGGCAUGCAAUGAAAAGAAGGGAGGUUUGGAGCAGUUGCGUUUCUUUGUGGAACAAUUCGAGUCGGCGAAGGGUGUUCAGCUUUCUUCUCUCGAGUUGGAAUCCCUCAAAGCGGAUAAAUGUAUUCUGGAGGUAUCGGAAGAGGCAAAUUUGGAUGUGAAAAUGUUGGGGAGAGAUAUUAAAGGUGCUUUUGGGGCAUCAUGGAAAGAGGUGCUUUGUGAAGGGAAGCUCGUACAAGGCAAAAUUGAUGCUGGGAGCCCAUCAGUUCUUAUUCUAACUUCCUCUGCCUUAAGAUCCAUACAUCUUUUAAGGGGCUUUCGGUCUUUCACAAAAGAAUGUCAUGCUGCCAAGUUAUUCUCAAAGCAUAUGAAAAUUGAAGAACAGGUUUCUUUGUUAAAAGACCGUGUUAACAUUGCUAGCGGCACACCAAGCAGGAUAAAGAAACUCAUUGACACUGAGGCGUUAGGCCUUUCAAGGUUAAAAGUACUUGUGCUCGACAUGCAUCCUGACGUAAAGGGCUAUUCCUUGUUUAGCCUUCCACAAGUCAGAGAUGAAUUCUGGGACCUGUUCAAGAAUUAUUUUUAUCAACCGAUGAUCCAAGGCGAUCUGCGCAUCUGUCUCUAUGGUCCAUUACAGCUGGCUGUCCGUUUAAAAGGCAAACAAAGAGAUUCUGUUCCAGAUGAAUAAUAUAUCAUGGGACUUCAUUAAUCUCAUGCAAUAGGAGAGAAACUCUUUCAUACUAUAGACACAACCAUGUCUGGGAUCCACCUACUUAUAAAAAAAGAAAAUGAAAAAAAAGAAACAACGCGAAAAUCGAUGUAUGUGUAGGAGAGAAAAAUACUCUCCGGUCUCCAACAACAUGAGUAUAUUUUUCCUAUAUUAUGAUGUUAAUCAUCCUUGUUUUGUUUCAGUUUUGUAUUCUAACAAUUAUUUUAGUACGAUUC